GACACGCACAACUUGUAAAGGGACUCUGCCUGCCCGUGUUCUUAUAAAACACUGCGAACUUCUCCUCAUGUUAUACUUAAUCCUCCGACACUAGACACUGCAUCAUGUUCUUCGGUAAUAACUUCGAAGACUUCCACCUCGACAUCGUCGGUUUCCUCGCCAUCUUGGGCGAGGGCUCCGUGUCGGUGAACUACCAAGCUAUGACAUUAUCUUAUUUCACCUUUCUCCCACGCCUCCUGCCCGCACCCCAAGCAUUUAUGCGACCGUCCCGACCGCUCCGUUUAGACGAUGUUCCAGGAAUGGUGGUAGGAGUCCACUCAGGAAAUUGCCGACACCACGUCUACCGCAUCCCGCAUAUCAUCCUGCCCGGCGAAAAAUCGAUGAAGAUCAGUUCCGAUUACACGGUCCGCCAUUUUCGCAUCGAGAUGAAAGGAGGGAACCCCGAGGAUGCCCUGCUCACGGCCCAGACCUUCGGGAUACUCUCAUUCCUCGCUAUCCUCGGCUUCGCUAUGUCGAUCGCGCUGCUCGGCCUCUCCAUCCACUUCAACGACGGCUGGGCACUGGUAGCGACCGUUCUCCUCUCUUGCCUUUCUUCGCUCCUCGGAGUCAUGUGCAAGUGGUCCCUGGCGCUCGGAAAACGCGUAACAGGUCGAGACGACAUCCCUUCCGGAGACGUCAUAAUCUGCUACCCGAACGGCUCUUUCCUCAUCGUCGAAUGUGACGAAGCGAUCGCCCGGCCCCUCUUCUUCGCACCCGAACGCUGCAACUACCUCCUCUCCGGAACGUGGUAUCGCUCUCUCGCCCUCCUCGGAACAAUGAUGCUGAUGUUCGGGGUCAUUGCACUUGGUAACUCAGGAUCACGCAUGCAAGUCGCCUUCGGUGCCGCUUAUGUGCUGCUGAAUGCCGCGUACUGGCUUGUUGCAGCCAUGCCUGAGAAAAUCCAUUGGGAUUACUCGGCGCUUGAUAUACAGGAGCUUUCGACCAUUCGUCCGGCCCCAGGCGAGAAGCUGAGCUUUCGAAACGCACUGUGGACUGCGAUUAGACUGACCGGGUCGACAAGAUGGGUGCGGACCGGGCGGAUUGCGCCUGAUACCCAGGCAUGGGAUGACUGGUUGCACAAGGCAGAUGAUGCUGUGAAUAGAAGGGAGGGGAUGGAUCCGGAUAAUUGGGAUUACUCGAAAGAGUUGGAUGAGUGCCUCGCCUGGUAUACUGAUCGGCCACGGAAACCGAGUGAUCAAUCUUGAUGUUAUGAAACUGUGCUUCUGGGAGAGGCUUUUGGAUAUUUCGGAUUAUGUAUACCUAUUGUGAUGAUGUUUACGACGAUGAGUUAAUGACUGUGAUUCUUGCAUAUAUAAGGAUCUUGCGAUUUGCGUUCAUUUGCUAGAUCGUUGGUUUCUUUUCGCCCCUGUCUUCUUCUUGUUCUUCUUCGUUGCUGUUGCGG